GCCCAUCAGCAGAAAAAACACCAUGUGAAGAAAAAGUAUAUAAAAAGGGACACGGAAAGCAAACUUGCGAGGGUGAGAAGUUAUUCGUUCCUCUCAUCUCACCGGGUCAGCGGUUUUUUAACGGCUCGGCAGAGAGCGAAUGGACAGAGCGGCAGAGGAGCAGGACAGUCUGACCGACGGCAGAAGACACGUGUACCAUGCCGACUAGUGAUGGCCCCAGUCGCUUCCCGGUCUUUGUGGCUCCGCCCCACGGCAACCACCAGAGGUCUCCAGGUUAUGUCCCCGGGCGGGUGGCUCCGGUCCGCUCGCCACCACCUGCCAAAGCUCCACCACCUCCACCAAUAAAACCUCACGGCCCCCCGCCACAGCGGCGAGCCACUUUCAACGUGACGGAGGAGAACCAGCGCAGGGAGCGUGCUCAGAACCUCCAGCAAAGAAAGAACACAUUUAUCUGUUUUGGAGUGUCGAUCGGGGCUUUCUUCCUCACCCUCAUCCUCGUCCUUAGCCUCACAAGUGGAGACGUGCUAGAUGAGAAUUGUCCAGACCACAACCCGUCCCUUAGCAGCUGGAAUCCAGGCCACCAACCAGAGAAAGCUGUUAUUGUCAGAAGUGGACAUUUGUUCCGAUUGGAUUCUUCUGCUACCUUCCAGACGCUAACAAUCCAGUCAGGAGGUCAGGUCGUUUUUGCAGACAACGCUGAUGGCUCCAAAAACAUAACCUUGAGAACACGUCACAUCCUUAUAGAAGAUGGUGGAGCCCUUCACAUCGGUGCUCCCAAAUGUCGCUACCGUUCUCACGCCACCAUUGCCCUUUUGGGACGCUCAGACGACAGGGCAGUCCCUGAAGUUCCUGGCAUGGGCCGCAAGUUCAUCGGCGUCAAGAGCGGUGGUACUCUGGAGCUACAUGGCACAGAAAGAGUUUCCUGGUCUCUACUGACCCGAAGUGUUCCAGCCUCGGGUCUGGCCACAGGGGGUUAUGCCUUCCAGCGAAACUUCAGCAGAGGCAUCAACUUGCGCGUGGUGGACCAGGACACAGCUGCUGUGCUGUUUUCUGAACGCUACGACACACACGAGUCUCGUAAUGACAGUCGGCGUCUCACCCAGCUGCUGCGAACCCUGCCGGUGGGCCGCAUCGUCACUCUGGCUAUUGGAGACUCAGCUGUUAAAAGUCUUCUGGAUGAAACUAAGAAGGCCUUUGAAGAGAGGCUCGGCAGCAGCUUUGUCUAUGAUCUCAAAUACAGACAGGCGUGGGCUCUGGUCUCCGUUAUUGGUGGUGGCAACGCGUCAUGCUCGGAGGACGUUAGGGAACAUGAAAACCACGACACAGGAGGGAGAGCUUUGGCGAAACGAAACUUCACCACCGUGGACGGAGUAGGCUUCUCUGUAACCGCCUACAGCGAGUGGAAGAAUGGUUUCCCCAUCUCAGGCUUUCAGGUGGAUGCUGUGGACCAGGUGGUGCUGAACCUGCAGGAUGAAGUGCAGCAGACCUGGCAACCCGGAGAUCAAAUUGUAGUUGCCAGCACGGACUACUCAAUGCACCAGGCUGAGGAGUUUACCUUGUUGCCCUGCUCUCACUGCAGCAGCAGGCAGGUCAGGAUACAAGGGAGGCCUCAGUACAACCACGUUGGGGAGAUCAUAGAUGGGGUCGACAUGCGUGCUGAAGUGGCUCUGCUCUCCAGAAACAUUCUCAUCUACGGAGAAAUGGAAAACUCGUGCUACGGAAACAACGUGUGCCAGUUUUACAGCCAUGACACCUACGGAGGCCACAUCCAGAUCUUUGGUAACUUCUCAUCAGUGCAUCUGUCCCACGUGGAGCUGAAGAACAUGGGCCAGCAGGGAGAGCAAGGCCGCUACCCCGUCCACUUCCACAUGUGCGGGGACGUGGAUCAGAAGGGAGGCUACCGGGAGCCCACCUAUGUGGACGGCCUCUCCAUACACCACUCCUUCUCCCGCUGCCUCACCAUCCAUGCCACCAAUGGCUUGCUGGUGAAGAACACUGUCGGCUAUGACACCUUGGGUCACUGUUUCUUCCUUGAGGAUGGGAUCGAGCAGCGUAACACCUUCUACCACAACCUUGGCCUGCUGACUCGACCCGGGACUCUGCUGCCUACUGACCGCAACGAGACCCUCUGCACCAGCAUCAAGGACAAAGUCUACAAGGGCUACACUCCCUCACCCAGCACAGAGUGCAAGGCAGUUUCAACAUUCUGGAUCGCCAACCCUAACAACAAUCUCAUCAGCAAUGCAGCUGCUGGGUCUCAGGAUGCUGGCAUAUGGUUUGUGUUCCACAGCUCUUCCACUGGAGACUCUCAUGGGCUGGUACCAGAAACCAAGGCAGAGCUCACUCCUCUGGGGAUUUUCUACAACAACCGCGUUCACUCCAACUUUAAGGCAGGGCUUUUCAUUGACAAAGGAGUAAAGACCACCAAUGCCAGUGCUGCCGACCCCCGGGAAUACCUGUGUCUAGAUAACAGUGCCAGAUUCCGACCACACCAGAACGCUGAUCCUAGCCGUCCACGGGUGGCGGCAGUCAUUGACACUCUGAUCUCCUUCAAGAACAACGACUUAGGAGCAUGGAUACGGGGAGGGGACAUCGUCAUCCAGGACUCUGGAUUUGCAGACAAUGGAGUGGGAUUGUCCUUUGCCAGUGAUGGCAGCUACCCUAAGGAUGAAGGUUCCAGCCAGGAGGUGAUGCAGUCUCUGUUUGUGGGCGAAAGCCGAAACAGAGGGACCAAUGGAGGACAGAAUAAAUACUGGGGCUUAGGAGGGGUUGAUGCAAAGAUGAGGACACUGCCUAGAAACAGGACGUUCCCGAUCCGAGGUUUCCAGAUCUAUGAUGGUCCGGUGCGGCUUACACAGAGCACGUUUCGUGGUUUUAUCCCCACACCAGAGCGCUACACCAGCGCAGUGGGUUUCAACCUGAAGAACACCUGGCAGCUCAACCCACGAAACAAUCUGUCCCAGCUCAACUUUCACUCCACUGUGGGUCUGAGGAGUUUUUUUGGUCGCCCCGGGCAGUGGUUUGAAGAAAACGACCUGGACGGUGACAAAAACUCCAUCUUUCACGAUGUGGACGGAUCAGUCACCGGCUACACAGAUACCUAUGUUGGCAGGGCAGACAAUUACCUGAUCCGACAUCCUGGCUGUGUGGACAUGUCCCAGUGGAAUGGAGUGAUCUGCAGCGGCCGCUACUCUCAGGUUUACAUCCAGACCCAGGGAGCCUCCAACCUCAGUUUAUCCAUCAGCAGAGAUGAAUACCCUGCUGCUCCUCUGGUAUUGAGGGGGAUCAACAGCCAGGGGGCGCUGUCUCAGCAGUACCAGCCCAUCCUGAUGAUGAGCAAGAGCUACACUAUACACUGGAGCGGACCUGCACCCAAAGAGGUUGUCCUCUCUCUCAUCAACUUUGACAAAGAUGACUGGGUGCUGGUGGGACUCUGUUACCCAUCAGACACCACGUUUCAGAUCAUGGGCGACAUCAAUGAUAGACAAAGCAACACAUUUGAUGACCUCACAGACUACGGCACCGUGUCAUCCCUUGCAGAGCUGGAGAAGAGGCCGAUGGAGAGGAAGUACUACUUUGACCGAACUGUUGGCUUGUUGUGGCUCUACCUUCGGGCCCGCCAUGGGCGUGACGGUCACAGCUACUGUUCAGCAAAAGGCUGUGAAAGAGUUAAAGUCAUGGCCACCACGUCCUCCAAACAGACAUGUAACUGCACAGCCAAAGCCUACCCUAAGUACUCCAAGACUCCCUCAGCAGUGGUUCCUAUGCCAGCCCUUAAUGCACAACCCUGCAAAGGCUGUGGUGCUAAACAGCUUGUGUUUUCCAGUGAGCCAUGGACCUCCUACCUCCAGACACAAGUCAAGUCUCUCAGCAGUAAAGAGCAGCAGAGAGGAGACAACAGCUCCUUUAUCACUGUGAAUGAAGUGGCCAUGCCCUUCUCUCAGCCUGGAUAUUUCCUGGUCUCAGUGGAUGCCUGCUCUGGGAAGGUCACCAAGAAAACCUCAUUUGCCAAGAUGGACGCCAAGAUGGAACAGUACCUAAAAACUGGAAUACCAAAGAGGUCUAUAGUGCUCAUGGCAACACGAGGUCAACCAGAAGGCCUGGUUGGUGUAGCACCAUAUCUGGUCUCCUUUGGUAUGGCCAAAGCUGCUGAUCUGCACAGUAAAGAGAGUCUGGCACUUUGGGGGUUCCAGGGUGGUUCUUCACGCCCUCCGUGGGUCUCGCUACAAGCCGGGCAGGGUGAUGAGUUCCUGGGGCUGCAGGAGCGGUACUUGCCUCUGGGUUUGGAGGCAUACGGCUGUACGCCGCCUACAACUCAAUCACGCAAAGAUCUGGAGCUACUCAAAAUAGCCACGGGACUACAAUGACCAAUGUGAACUAUACAACUUAACUACCCAGAACGCUCUUGCACACAGAUACACCAACACACACAACCAGCUGAUGAAUGUGAACUGCUGAACCUUUAAUUUAUUAACAAUGGCAAAGAUGUUUACUGAUUUGAAGUGGAGAGAAGGUAUUUUAUUAUGAACGGGGUGAGUAUUUUUGUGUUUUUUUGUGUGUGCGCGUGUGUAUGUGUAAGUAUGCCUUGGGGCCGUUGAGUCAAUGCACUUUCCUUUUAAAGACACAACUUGCCUUAUCAGCCAAAGUGAUCAAAUGGAGCUUUACAAUAACUCAGUUAUCUUACAACAGUACAAACAAACCCAGAGCAACCUUUAACAUCUACCAAUAUUUUUAUUUAUUAUGUAGUAAAUGAAAACCGAAUAAAUUGGAGUUUGAAAACAGAAAAAAAUGCAUUAGACACACACACGCCUGAAGGAAAUUAUGAAAAUAAAUUGCAUUGUUCCUGAGACCAUUUUCGAUCAGUGCAGAAAAUUAAGUAAGAUGGAAGAGAUGAGUUCUGGUCAAAGGGAAAUAAUUCAAAUAAAUGUCAAUGCAGAAUUAAACAGCAAUAUUGAGCCGAAACGGAACAAAGUGUAAAACAGAGCUGUAGGACGUAGCCUCCAGGUCUGAAAGGUGAAGCCAAUGCAGCAGUGUCUGCAUUCUUUCUAAUGGCAAGCAGGGGGCAGCCCCACUGGUUGCAAUAAGAAGCCAGAUUGUAUAGGAAUCUAUGAGAAUAUGACCCUACUUCUCACUUGAAUUAUUACUUUAAUAACCUUUUUUAAUGGUCAUAACAAGCCAUACUCAUUAAUAUUAUAAUGGUUGUAUAGACAUAUGGAAGUAUGCAGUAAAAUAAAUCUGGUUACCUUGCCUUUUGUAAUGUACAAAAAUGCCAUUAGAUUCAAUAAGUUUCUCCUAUGUAGGCCAUUAUUCCCUUUCCACCAAACCUCACACAAAUCUUUUAGCUUUUUAGUUGAUGUCUAUAAUAAUAAAAUCUUUAACUGGAAAACCUCCUCCGAUCAUCGUGCAGCUGUACAACUUAAGACUUUAAGCACCUUUUUUAUGGAUUCCUACAUGGACUUACUGGAUCUUUUAUCUCAUAUUUUUAUUUAUCUCUUCACGGUGAUGGUGUCUCAAGUGCUGGCCACAUGUGCAGCACAAAUAUACAUACAGUUUAUAUAUUACUUUUCUUUUAUGUUGUUGUUGUUUUCUCAAACAGAGUUGAAUGUUUUACCUUUCAUCUGCCUCAUUCAUGAUAUUUUCAUGUGCAUUAUUGCCAAAACCGUGUAUGGAUACAAUACAGGGGCCUUUGAACCCUGACUUUACAGAAGUGAGCAGCAAAAUGCAUACAGAUCAUAUACCAGCUGUAAGGCAAAAGGCUUUAUGUUGACACUUGCAGUAUGUAAUCUUUUAAAGGGUGUUUGGAUGUGAGCAGGGCUCCCCCACUGAGCAAUGAUAAGUACCUAUCUGUGACUGUGUGUGUGUGUUUGACUGUGUGAGUAAUAUGACUGACUAUGUGAGACCGAGAUAGAGAGAUCCUCUGGAGGACAAUGACCUUGUUGCCUUUUAACCACUCUACUGUUAAAAAGAGCAAAAGAACGAGAGAAAAAGGUUUCCAGCCGUUACCUUUUGUUCAAGCGAUGCUUUGAAGAUGCACAACCAGAGAGUUCUUGAUGUUUUAAUUAGAAGUGAGCUUUGUAAAUAUGGUGUUUAAUGUUAUAACUCAAACUGUGUAUGCAAUGGAAAUGUCAAACAGGUUGUCGAUAGUGUGUGUAUUUACUGUGUCUGUGUUUUUUGUCAAUUGAUAAGUCAUUUGAAAAACAAUUAAGCUGAUUCUUUCAAUGUGAAAACUCAGCCUUUGUUAUGAAAUUGCCAAUUAAAUAAACAUUUAUGCUUUGUGAUAAAA